CUGCCCGCGUCCCCUGCGCGCCAGACGGGCCAGCAAGCGAGCGAGCAGUGCUCCAUGCCGCGGGCCGAGCGCCGUCUGCGGGCCCCGGGGCGCGCGGCGCUGUGGGCGCUGCUGCUAUCGCAGCUCGGAGCGCAGGCACCUGCGUGCGCCGUGGGACCCGAAGCGGCCGUGCCCCGCAGCCCAGGCGUUGCGCGUGCCCCGGAGCAGCCGCCCGGCUGGGAGGAGAAGGCCGAGUAUGAUCUGGUGUCUGCCUUCGAGGUCAACCACAGGGGAGACUACGUGUCCCACGAAAUCAUGCACCACCAGCGGCGGCGAAGAGCAGUGGCCCGGCAGGGCGAGGAUGCCCUGCACCUCCGGGUCAAGGGCACCAGGCAUGACUUCCGCAUGGAUCUCACAGCCUCCAGUGGCCUGGUGGCUCCUGGGUUCGUGGUACAGACGCUGGGGAAAGGAGGCACCAAGUCUGAGAAGACCUUCCCGCCCGAGGACUUCUGCUUCUACCAGGGCUCCUUACAGGCCCACAGGAAUGCCUCCGUGGCCCUUUCCACCUGCCAAGGCUUGUCAGGCAUCAUAAGGACGGAGGAAGCCGACUACUUCCUAAAGCCGCUUCCGCCACACCUGGCAGGGAAGCUGAACAGCUCUGCCCAGGGCAGCGCGCCCUCCCACCUGCUGUACAAGAGAUCCACCGAAGCCCGGGCUCCGCAGGCCAGCGAGGUCCUGAUGCUCUCCAGGAGGCAGGAGCCCAGCCAGCCCGGUGGCAGCAGCUUCAACCUCCGGCCCCCACAAAAGCAGCAUUUCUGUGGAAGGCGCAGGAAAUACAUGCCGCAACCCCCCCAGGACGACCUCUUCAUCCUGCCUGACGAGUAUAAGUCCUACCUGCGACCGAAGCGCUCUCUGCUCAAGUCCCACAGGAACGAGGAGCUGAACGUGGAGACGCUGGUGGUGGUGGACAAGACCAUGAUGAGAAGCCACGGGCAGGAGAAUAUCACCACCUACGUGCUGACCAUCCUCAACAUGGUGUCUGUGUUAUUCAAGGACGGGACCAUAGGAGGAAACAUCAACAUUGCCAUUGUUGGCCUCAUUCUGCUGGAAGAUGAACAGCCAGGGCUGGUAAUAAGUCACCAUGCAGACCGCACCUUAAGCAGCUUCUGCCAGUGGCAGUCUGGGCUGAUGGGGAAAGAUGGAACCCGGCACGACCACGCCAUCUUGCUGACCGGCCUGGACAUAUGCUCCUGGAAGAAUGAGCCCUGUGACACCCUGGGAUUUGCUCCCAUCAGUGGGAUGUGCAGUAAGUACCGCAGCUGCACUAUUAAUGAAGAUACAGGGCUGGGCCUGGCCUUCACCAUCGCCCACGAGUCUGGGCACAACUUUGGCAUGGUCCACGAUGGAGAAGGGAACAUGUGCAAAAAGUCAGAGGGCAACAUCAUGUCCCCUACACUGGCAGGACGCAACGGGGUCUUCUCCUGGUCGCCCUGCAGCCGCCAGUAUCUGCACAAAUUUCUAAGCACUGCCCAAGCCAUAUGCCUUGCCGACCAGCCGAAGCCUAUGAAGGAGUACAAGUACCCCGAGAAGCUGCCAGGAGAGUUGUAUGAUGCAAACACACAGUGCAAGUGGCAGUUUGGAGAGAAAGCCAAGCUCUGCAUGCUGGACUUUAAAAAGGACAUCUGCAAAGCCCUGUGGUGCCAUCGGAUGGGAAGAAAGUGUGAGACGAAGUUCAUGCCAGCAGCAGAGGGCACCCUGUGUGGGCAGGACAUGUGGUGCCGCGGAGGACAGUGUGUGAAAUAUGGGGAUGAAGGCCCUGAGCCCACACAUGGCCGCUGGUCAGACUGGUCCCCGUGGUCCGCCUGCUCCAGGACCUGCGGGGGAGGAGUGUCGCACAGGGACCGCCUCUGCUCCAAUCCCAGACCAUCCCACGGAGGGAAGUUCUGUGAGGGCUCCACGCGUACCCUGAAACUUUGCAACAGCCAGAAGUGUCCCCAGGACAGUGUGGACUUCCGCGCUGCCCAGUGUGCUGAGUACAACAGCAAGAGGUUCCGCGGGUGGCACUACAAGUGGAAACCGUACACACAGGUGGAAGAUCAGGACUUAUGCAAACUCUACUGUAUCGCAGAAGGAUAUGAUUUCUUCUUUUCUUUGUCAAAUAAAGUGAAAGAUGGGACUCCAUGCUCGGAGGAUAGCCGUAAUGUUUGUAUAGAUGGGAUAUGUGAGAGAGUUGGCUGUGACAAUAUCCUUGGAUCUGAUGCUGCUGAGGACUCCUGCGGGGUGUGCAAGGGAAAUAACUCAAACUGCAUGACUCACAGGGGUGUCUACAGUAAGCACCACCACACCAACCAGUAUUAUCACAUGAUCACCAUUCCUCCUGGAGCCCGGAGCAUUCACAUCUAUGAGAUGAACGUAUCUACCUCUUACAUUUCUGUGCGCAGUGUCCUCAAAAGGUACUACCUGAAUGGACACUGGAUCGUGGACUGGCCAGGACGAUACAAGUUUUCAGGCACUGCCUUUGACUACAGACGGUCAUAUAAGGAGCCAGAGAGCUUAACCUCUGCUGGACCAACCAACGAAACACUCAUCGUGGAGCUUCUGUUCCAGGGAAGGAACCCAGGUGUGGCCUGGGAAUUCUCACUGCCUCAGUCCAGUGCUGAGAAGAAGCCUCCAGUGCAGCCUCGCUACACAUGGGUCACCAUGCGCUCCGAGUGCUCUGUCUCCUGCGGAGGGGGGCAUCUGAUCACGAAGGCAGGCUGCUACAGAGACCUGAGCUUGCAAGUGAAUGCCUCCUUCUGCAACCCCAAGAGCCGCCCUGCCCCAGCACUGGUGUCCUGCAGAGUGUCAGCCUGUCCUCCCAGCUGGUCUGUGGGGAAUUGGAGCACCUGCAGCCGGACCUGCGGUGGGGGCACUCAGAGCCGACGUGUGCAGUGCAUCCGGCAGGCACACUUCAACUCGGAGCCAGUGGAGGGAAGCCUGUGCCCACAGCCUGUGCCCCCCAGCUGGCAGGCCUGCAACCCUCAGGGCUGCCCGCCCGAGUGGAGCACGGGGCCCUGGACAGAGUGCUCCUGGACCUGUGGCAAGGGCUGGAAGAAGAGGGCCGUGGUCUGCAAGAGCACCGACCCCUCAGCCCGUGCCCAGCUGCUGCCCGAUGCCAUGUGCAUGGCGGAGCCCAAGCCCAGGACACACGAAGCCUGCCUGCUCCAGCGCUGCCACAAACGCAAGAAGCUGCAGUGGCUGGUGUCCGCCUGGUCCCAGUGCUCCGUCUCCUGCGGAAGGGGAAUCCAGGAAAGGUCCCUGACAUGCGCCGAAAAGUCCGUUUCUGGGAAGUACCGCGACCUGGCCUUGAAGAAGUGCUCCCGUCUGCCGCAGCCCGGCCUGCAGCUGGAACGCGCCUGCGCUCCGUUUCCGUGCCCCCUGCGCCCCGCCGCGGGCCCCCCAAGGAGCAGCUGGUUUGCCUCUCCCUGGUCUCCGUGCACAGCCAGCUGCGGCGGUGGAGUGCAGAGGAGGACCGUGCAGUGCCUGGCGGGGACCCGGCCGGCCUCUGACUGCCCCUUGCACCAGAAGCCAGAAGCCUCCUCAGCCUGCAACACCCACUUCUGCCCCAUCGAAGAGAAGAAAGGUGCCUUCUGCAAAGAUGCCUUCCACUGGUGCAGCCUGGUGCCACAGCACGGGAUGUGCAGCCACAGGUUCUACGGCAAGCAGUGCUGCAGGGCUUGCUCCAAGUCCAACCUGUGAGUCAGGACGGGCCUGCCGCGGAGAAGAGGCCAUAUGGCCUGAGAACAUCAGCACAAAGGGGCUGUGCAGCACGCAUUGGAACACGUCCAACGAAGAUGGAGCCGGACAAGGGCAAACUGUGCUAGGCUCUGGGCCCGGAGCGGGUGUGUUUGUGCGUGGGAUGAGGCAGAUGCAUGGCUGUGCCCACAGCACACACGCUGUCCUGUCCAGUGGAAACGUGGGUCGCUCCUGCUCAGAUGCAGGCCGAGAGAGCCGUACCGCAGAGCGCAAGCAGCAGCUCUCAGCCAGAUUUGUGGCUCCCCCACACCAAGUCCGAAGGACAGCGCAGGUGGACUUACUAAAGGCUAAGUGUCUGGUGCUUUGUAAAAAGAAGGGAAAGCCACAAGAGUAGGAAAACGUGCAGAAUAGCUGCUGCUAGGUAGGCCAGCCCCGCCCCCCCAGGAGGGUCCCACCAGGAGGCGGGCCGAGGUGCAGGCUCUCCCCAGGCUCAGCCGCAGGAGCCCAGGCCUUCCGAUUCAGGACUUGGCCUGUGCAGCCUGGAAAGUGAAAUCCCUGCCCUGCGCUUCCUGCUCCUUCAGGCUCAUGUGCUGGGGAGACCUUGACGCUUAAGGCUUUAUCUUCCCCAGUUAUCUACCAGAGAGCGUUCCUAUUCAAACCCACUUCCAGUGCUUUUCCCUCUCACGCGGUCGGUCAGAAGUUCAGGUUACGCGGCCGUCACCCAGAGUCGGGCCACCAAGCAGCUGCUGUGAUCAUGGCCUUGUGCCCUGGGUUUUGUUGUGGUUGUGUUGAGGGGUUUUUAAUUUUUAAAUUUAUUCCGUAACUUUGGUGGAGAAGGAAGGGCAGCAGCCUUCCCAGAGGGCCUCCCCACUCCGUCAUCAGUGGUGCUAAUCUCUGGUCUCCCUGCCUGGAGCGUGGCGCCUUUGCACACAGGCACCUGGAUAUUUAUAUGUGCUGAAUUUUAUAA